AUGAUUCAGUUGUGAGCGUGCAGUGAUUCUACAUGCCACGUCACUAGAUAAGUUCAUUGGCACAACUAUCAUAAUAGACUCCAUGUUUAUUGCAAGAUUUACUUACAAGUUAAUUGUACAUUUGAACUGAUAUUUUGUUUCUACAAAUUGUCAAUUAUCGGAGAUUUAACCGACUCGGCUGGACAUGUGACUUACAAAGCUCCCAUCCUUAUCUUCCUUUAAAUUCUUUUCACGAUGGCGUCUGAAUUCAGCUCAGUAGUAGAGGGCACUGCUUGCGAAGAAGCCGACUGUGAAUCGAUUACUGACGUCACGUUCUACGUGAAGGAGAAGAAGAAGCUCUGUCAUGACUGCGCCUUGAAAAAAGAAUGCAUCGGAAUAGUACGAAGAGGUGUGCCUAAUCUCUUAUGUAAGGAACAUGACGAAUUAAUACGUUUGUAUUGCAGAACACAUAACGUAGCAUUAUGUUACUCAUGUGCAUUGACAUAUCAUCGCCGACAACAGUGCGUUCAAGAGGAUAUCAUGAUCGCACUGAAGAAAAAUAGAGAAGAUCUCAGCAUCCUAAAGAAUAGGGCGAUUGAUAAAUCAGAGUUAUGUCGCGUCUAUGGGAAUGAGAUUCAUAACACCAGACAAGCCAAAGACGAACAUCUACAAAAUAUUCAGAAUGAUGUUGAUUCCGAAAUCGAAAGCGCAAUCGAAAGAGACAGAGCCAGGGAAAGGGAAGAUGCUGAUAAAAUCGAUAACGAGAUUGAUGGGGAAAAUAAAGAUUUUGAAGAUGAGAUUCGAAAGCUCCAGGAGGAGAUUCGAAAGCUCGAGGAUAAAAUUGAAAAGAACAAUGGGAAGAGGGAGGAGCGGCAUGAAGAAAAUCGUUCAAACGCAGAGAAAAGACGAAAACCGAUCAAUGAUAAACAACGCGAUCUUCAUGCGGACAUUCAGAACAUCGCUCAAGAGAUCGAGAGAAAGAUUAGAGAGCUUGAGAAAUCAUGUCAAGACGACACCAAAUCAGCAGAUAAAGCAGGAGAGACACUGGACAGAAUUCUCGAAGACGAUAAAAAUAUUGUCAUAGAUGGACAUCGUGUGCAUGCAUCCGUGAGUGAGGAAAUAAAGAAGCAACUGAAUGAGGGUGAGGUGAAAGACAUAAAUCGUGUUGUAUCAGGUGUGAGAUUUGUGAAGGGUGUUGGGAGAGAGAAGUAUGAUGGAAGAAUUGAUGGGUAUGAUGGAGAGUUGAAGCUCAUUGAUACAAUCAAUGUCAGAGAUAAAAUCAAAUACCCGCGCAUUGUUGGAUGUAUAGAUGAAGAUAAGGUGAUGAUCACAGAUUCACUGAUUGGUGAAGGACAAACCUACAUGUUAGAUUUGAACAGUAAAACCACACAGAGAGUGAUCAACGGUAGUGAUACAUCAUAUAUAAUCUCAUGUGCAGCGCUGAAUGAUGACAAGAUAGUAUGUGGUAGAUACAUCAAAGGUUGUACAGGAGACAGUCUACCUGGGUGCAUCAGUGUAUACGACAGACAGUGGAAUCACAUUAAUGAAGUCACAAUACCAAGAAACACGACGCGUACUGAUGCAUGGGUGCGCGUUGCAAUCGAUCAGGAUGGGAUGAUAAUCGCUGCUGAAUGGGGUCAGUCUAUGAUUUACGUCAUCAACCCAGCUAAUGAUGAGAUUAUCAAUACCAUCACGUGUAAAGAGAAGAUAGACAUGCGUGGUGUGCUGUCAUCAGGUCACAUCAUCGCUCUACCCCGGACAAGAGAUCGCGGAGCGCUCAUCAUUGACAGAGAGGGUGAUCAUCGGGAAAUCACCAACAGUGAUGUCAUCUUGAAUGUGUGUGUUGAUCGUAUGACAGACGACCUCUACGUCGUGAUAUCAGAUGAUGAGAGAAAGACGUGUGUGAUUGAUCAGUUGAUGAGUGAGGGUGAUAUGAAGAAGAGAAGAGUAGCAUCAUUCCCUUUAUCAACUAGAGUAUGGAAUAGAUUCAAUCAUCUUGUCGCAUCUCGAGUGAUUAUGACGUCAUCAGGGAAUAUAAUUGCAUGUGAUGUAGAUAAUAUUCUCAAAUUAAAAAAGCGAUUCAUCCUCUAGAUCCAUGACAGAUAAUAAUAUCGAAAAAACAAAUGAUAUUGGGAAUGUUACUACAUCUUACCAUUAUACGCUUUCAAAUUGCAAAAAAAAAAACACAAUGAAACGCAUAAUUCAUUGUAAUUCAUGGUUUCUUUGUGGGUAAGCUUCAUAGUCAUAUUGGAAACCUAUCAGGGAUAUGCUCUUUUAUUGUACACGUUGUGUCAGAAUAUUUUAUACCAGACUACGCCGUCCCUUUGUUGGCUUGAGUAACAUUAAUAUUAAUUAUGUCUGCAUAGCAACUUUUUAUUACUAUACCCGUGCAUUUUUCAUUUGAGUUCAGUUCCAUAUGUAAAAUUGAACAGUUAAAAUGUUCCCCAUUUAUAUGUAAGUGACGGUUAAAAAAAUAGUAUUUUUUCGUAGUCUAUCACUUGUAUUAUAGCUACCAAGGUCUUAUCAUGGUAAUGAAUCAGUAGUUGUUACUCUAAAUUCAGUGGUACCUUGAUUCAGUAAUGAAAAUUAAAAUUACAUGAAGCGCUAUACCCCUUUAUACAUUGAAAUUGUGUACUUUUGACUCCUUUGAAAACGCGUUAUAUUAAACAAUAAUUGUUAUCAUAAUUAAUAUGUUGCGAUAUUAGAGAAAAUCGUGGUCGCGUUUGCUGUAUCUCGAUGCGUAUUUUAUCUUAACAUUGCUUGCUUGUUUGUAUACUUUCACUUCCAACAUCAGAUCAACACAAACCAACAAAGUAUUUUGAUGUGGCUACAUACGAAACAGCCCCUGGAAUGAUCUCGAGCGUGAUAUGAUAUUAUCACCUGAAUUUACCGAGAGAGGGGGCUGUAACAAUGAUUACAAUACAUUUUGGUAAAUUGCACUUUUUGCUCUUGCAAAAACACAAUGCAUUACACAUAAUAUAUAAGCAGUAGUGUAUAACUUCACAAUUGAGACUUGGUAACCAAAAUGUGUCAGUAUAGUGUUUAUUUACCAAACGGGAUCUGUUGUUACCAGAAUGCGCAUUUGAAAAUUAUUUAUUACAUUGUGGUCACGUAUAGCUUCGUUUUGUUUUCUUUGGUCCAUUACGGGAUAAUGUUUCAUUAUUGCUUUUCAAUCUAAUUACUAUAUUAAUUUGUGCUUCUGCAAGAGUGCAACAGGAUAUUUUAUUAAAAUGAUGGCUGGUUUGAUUUUGAAUGUCCAUGUGUAUAAAGAUUAGAAUUGUUUUUAAUGAACAGUUUCAUAUUUAUGAUAAGAUUUUAAUACGUUCCAUUCAAGUAGGCCUAUGUCAAUGGCUAUUUUGCUCGCUAGAAUGUUUAUGAAAUGUGUGUUCAAGUACGAUUUAGUUGCAGGCGCAUUAAAACGAUAACUGCAAUUGGUUGGAUUUCUGAAUUUUUUAUUCUAUUGCUUUGUGUUAUCGAUACCGUUUUGACUUCAUCUUUUCUUCUUAAGAAUUUAGAUGAAUAUCUGCAAGAGUUUAACAGAAAAAUGUGUCGUUGAUUGCUAGCCGGUUUUUAUAUCAACACAUUCAGGUAUAUAAAGAUUGAUUCAUUCACUUUAAAAACAUGAUCAGUUAGAUGUUUGUGGGAGGCUGAUGUAAAUACGUUUAUUUCAAUACUAUAUCGGGCAGUGACUGUGUUGUUAGAAAUUUAUGUUUAUUAUAUAUGAAUGACGACUGAAAUUAUAUAUUGGCAGGUGCAUUAUAACAAUCACCUAAAGAACUGAAAUCGGUUGGAUUUGAAUCGUUUUCCAUGCUUACAUAAAUUAUUUCUAUCAAUUCUUUGUUCAUUUAAGAUUGCUUUGACAUCUUUUCAUCUAGAACGUAAAUGAACUUGAUUGGGAAAGGUGAUCAAAACUUAAUUGGGAAUGUGGGAUGUAUGCGAUAGUCGUUGUUUAUUAACACGAUUGAUCCAAUCAUCUUUUGAUGUUUUCAUGUAUCAUAUUUUAAUAUUAACCAAAGAUUAUAGAAGAUCAUUUGUAUAUACUAAAUCAUGUUAAUAUCGAAAUCAACUGUAAAAAAUAUCAUGGAAACAUUUUAGAGUUAUGUAUUAUUUGGUUAAUGCUUUACAGACUGUUUAUCUUGUCUAACUGAAUUUUUAUUUGAAUCCAUUAACUUCAUUCACUUGACAAGAAUAUUUUGUUUUAUGAUACAUUCAAAUUCAAUUCAAUCUUUAUUUUGCAAAUAAGAUAAAAAUACAAAGAAACAUCAAAUGUGAGUAGAUACACAAUCAAUUGCGUGUCUUUUCAUUAAGGUUAUAAGGCUGGAUCACCAAAACAUGACAGUAUAACAUAUUGCGUAUGAAAUUUAAAUUUUGAAAUAUGUAUGAACUAUAUACUAAGAAAAUGAUUUAUUACUGUGAAUAUGAUGAUCAUAUAUGUAAUCACAAAGGGGUCCUGAAAAGUUUCGUUUAUAAUCGAUUAAAUUCGUUUCAUGUU